AUGACGUUGCAGGCAAUGGGCAGCAAGCGGCGGCUGCUGGGCGGGCUGCUGUCGUGCCGCUGCCUGCGGGCGCAGCACGAGGGGUGGGGGGCGGCUUCGGUGCUCGACUUCUCGCACUGCAGCCUCGACGCGGUGCCACGCGACGUCUUCUCGUGCGAGCGCAGCCUCCUGGAGCUCUACCUGGACGCCAACCAGAUCGAGGAGCUGCCCCGGGAACUGUUCAGCUGCCAGGCCCUGCGCAAGCUGAGCGUGCCGGACAACGACCUCUCGUCCCUCCCGCCUGCCAUCGCCGGACUCAGCAACCUGCGGGAGUUGGACAUCAGCAAGAACGGCAUUCAAGAAUUCCCGGAGAACAUCCGCUGUUGCAAGUGCCUGUCUGUGUUAGAAGCGAGCGUGAACCCCAUUAGCAAGUUGCCAGAAGGGUUCACUCAGCUCCUAAACCUGACCCAGCUCUAUCUGAAUGAUGCCUUCCUCGAAGCGCUGCCCGGCAACUUUGGCAGGCUGGCCAAAUUACAGAUCUUGGAGCUAAGGGAAAAUCACCUUAAGACGCUACCCAAGUCGAUGCAGAAGCUGUCUCAACUGGAGAGGUUGGAUCUGGGAGGCAAUGAGAUGCUCGACAUGCCGGAAGUAAUUGAGGAGCUCUCGAGUCUGCGGGAACUUUGGCUGGAUGGAAACGGCCUCCAGAAACUACCUGGGUGCAUCGGGCGGCUGAAGCAGCUGACCUACCUGGACGUGUCCAAGAACAACCUGGAGGAGGUGGAGCCGGGAAUCUGCGGCUGCCAGGAGCUCAGCGACCUCCUCCUCUCCUCCAACAUCCUCCAGCAGCUGCCGCUCAACCUCGACGUGUAUUUUUCGAACAGGUAA